UUCUCCUUUCUGCAUAACUACAGCUUCUCAAGUCGCCUUUCCCCCUCAUUUACUGCCCGUGGGACAGUGGUAAAAAAAAAGGGCUGUGCCUAGGGUAGGGUGGGGUGUUUCCCUUCUCAGGGCCUGUUCGUUUCUACUGGGAACCUGGGAUCCAGCGCUUCCAGAUUCACUCUUGGCCCGUCGCAGGUCUCAUCCAGGACACAUGGAUGCCCACCCACCGAGCCUCAUGGUAGGAGUGUGACUGCCUCUGUUCCCUCACUUGCUCUGUGAGGGCCCCUACCUUUUCUUCUGAGAACCCACCCUGCCCACUGGGCCUUGGCCUAGACCCUCCAUUGGCCCCUUGUGGCCAUUCCCAAGCUCAGGCAAGCCCAUCCUCUGCCCAGACUGGGGCCCAUCUGAGGCUCUUGUGGGGGGAGGUUUGUAGGUCUGGCUCCUUCCCCCUCCUUCAUACUGCCACUCCCCUUGAUUUUAGAGCCAAAGGGGCUUGGUGACUGUCUUGCCCAGCCCUGUGGUACAUGUGGCUGAGACACACCAUGAGGUGGAGCCAGGAUGGGGCUGGCACCCAGGUUUCCCUGGGGUGCUGGUGUAUGUUUUUUCAGGAGGCUGUGACGUUCGGUGAUGUGGCCGUGCACUUCUCGAGGGAGGAGUGGCAGUGUCUGGACCCUGGCCAGAGGGCCCUCUACAAGGAAGUAAUGCUGGAGAACCACAGCAGUGUGGCUGGACUAGCAGGAUUCCUGGUCUUCAAGCCUGAGCUGAUCUCCCGGUUGGAGCAGGGGCAGGAGCCAUGGGUACUUGACCUGAAGGGAGUCGAGGGGAGAGAGGUGGCAAGGACCUCCCUUACAGAUUCUGCAGUUGGGAUGGCAAGUGAGCAGGCCUGUGAGGACGUGGAUGCUCUAAAAUCGGAACCCCGUGUGGCCAUGGUCAGAAGCUCCCCACAAGGUUUUCCUCAGAGUUCUGGCUUUAGAGACACCUCUGAUUCUGAGGUCUGGUCAGAGAGUAAGCCAAGCUCCCUCCUCCAGAAAAACCGCUUGAACACUGGCACUGUGGCUCCCAGGAAGACCUUCGCCAAGGAGGGUGCCCAGGGACGUGGUGAGCCGGAGGGCAUUGGCGUACUGGGUUGUCACCCUGACAAAAGUAAGGGAGGUGCUGCAGAAGGGACAUCCCGAAGAUGUGAUAUGUGUGGCAGGAGUUUCAGAUCGACUCCGGACAUUGCUCUGCAUCAGGAAAUUAAUACACCGAAGAAACCUAACAGAUGUCCAGAGUGUAAAAAAAAAUUACCUGAUUGCUUGCAGGGGAAACCUCGAAGUAACUGCCAUGGAGAGAAGCCGUAUGAAUGUGAGGAAUGUGGGAAAGUCUUCAGGUUGUGCUCGCAGCUUAAUCAGCAUCAGAGAAUCCACACUGGAGAGAAGCCAUUCAAAUGCAUUGAGUGUGGAAAAGCUUUUCGUCUGAGCUCAAAACUUAUUCAGCAUCAAAGAAUUCAUACUGGAGAGAAGCCUUACAGGUGUGAGGAGUGUGGAAAGGCCUUUGGUCAGAGCUCCAGCCUCAUCCACCACCAGAGGGUCCACACGGGAGAGAGGCCCUAUGGCUGUCGGGAGUGUGGGAAGGCCUUCAGCCAACAGUCUCAGCUGGUCAGACACCAGAGGACCCACACUGGAGAGAGGCCCUACCAGUGCCAGGAGUGUGGGAAGGCCUUUAGCCAGAGCUCAACCCUGGCUCAACACCAGCGGAUGCAUGCCGGGGAGAAGCCUCAACUUCCAAGAAGCCCAGGUAGUCCCAGCCACGUUGCCCAUCAGAGAAUUCACACUACAGAGAAACCGUUUAAGUGUGAUGAGUGUGGGAAGGCCUUCAGGUGGGUGUCUCGCCUUAGUCAGCAUCAGCUGACCCACACUGGAGAGAAACCUUAUAAAUGCAACAAGUGUGCAAAAGCCUUUGGUUGUAGCUCACGGCUUAUUCGCCACCAGCGAACUCACACUGGAGAAAAACCAUUCAAGUGUGAUGAGUGUGGGAAAGGCUUUGUCCAGGGCUCACACCUAAUUCAGCACCAGAGAAUUCACACUGGAGAGAAACCCUACGAGUGUAGUGACUGUGGAAAAGCCUUCAGCCAGAGUUCAAGUCUCAUUUACCAUCAGAGAAUCCAUAAGGGAGAGAAGCCCUACGAGUGUGUCGAAUGUGGAAAGGCUUUCAGUAUGAGCACACAGCUCACAAUACAUCAAAGGGUCCACACUGGGGAGAGACCCUAUAAGUGUACUGAAUGUGGGAAGGCCUUCAGUCAAAACUCAACCCUUUUCCAACACCAGAUAAUUCAUGCAGGAGUGAAGCCGUAUGGAUGUAGUGAGUGUGGGAAAGCCUUCAGCCGGAGUUCCUAUCUUAUUGAGCACCAGAGGAUCCACACUCGUGCCCAGUGGUAUCAUGAAUAUGGGAAUACCCUGGAAGCUUCUACCCAUGUGAGCCGUAGAAAAGUCAGCACUGUAAAGAAACUGCAUAAAUGUAACGAAUGUGAGAAAAUAUUCAGGUGGCGCUCACAUCUAAUCAUUCAUCAGAGAAUUCACACUGGAGAGAAACCUUACAAAUGUAACGAAUGUGGCAAAGCUUUUAAUCGGAGCUCACGGCUUACUCAGCAUCAGAAAAUUCACAUGGGAUAGACCACCUGUCUUUAUAAAUGUGUAUAAAUGUGAAUAAACCUGCAGCCUUAACCUUAA